CCACUUCCGGUCUCGGAGGGUCAGAGGUCAGCAGCUGUGUGCGCGCCGCUUCCUGUCCCUGUCAGCUUCACUUCCGGUGAGAAUGGCAGCAGUGUGAUCCCCGCCCGAGCAGUCUAUGGGGCCCGGUGCAGCGCGGAGGGCCUGACACUGAUAUCUGUGUGUCUGCAGCCAUGGCCGCCACCGCCGACCUGUUCGAGGAGCCGUUUGUCGCUGAUGAAUAUAUUGAGCGACUGGCAUGGCGUACACCAGGAGGAGGAUCCAGAGGAGGAGCAGAGCCCUUCGAUCCAAAAAGAUUAUUGGACCAAUUUGUGAACCACAUCGAAGAGCUAAAGUUAAUGGAUGAGCGAAUUCAGAGGAAGGUAGAGAAAUUAGAGAAUCAGUGCCAGAAAGAAGCUAAAGAAUUUGCCAAAAAAGUACAGGAACUACAGAAAAGCAAUCAGAUCGCAUUUCAGCAUUUUCAAGAACUGGAUGAGCACAUCAGCUAUGUGGCCACGAAGGUGUGUCAUCUCGGCGACCAGUUGGAGGGGGUGAACACUCCGCGGCAGCGAGCUGUGGAGGCCCAAAAACUGAUGACCUAUUUUAAUGAGUUUCUGGAUGGCAAUCUGCAGUCUGAUGUGUUUAACAACUCUGAAAAGAUUAAAGAGGCCGCUGAUAUCAUUCAAAAGUUGCAUUUAAUUGCUCAAGAGCUUCCAUUUGAUCGGUUUGCAGAAGUUAAGUCAAAAAUAGCAAGUAAAUACCAUGAUCUGGAGCACCAGUUAAUCCAGGAGUUUACCGGUGCUCAGAGGAGAGGAGAGAGAUCUCGUAUGAGGGAAGUGGCCGCUGUGUUACUUCACUUUAAGGGCUAUUCUCACUGUGUUGAUGUGUACAUUAACCAAUGUCAAGAGGGAGCGUACAUGAGGAAUGAUAUUUUUGAGGACUCUGCAAUCCUGUGCCAGCGGGUGAACAAAGAAGUUGGAGAUAUAUUCAGCAAUCCCGAAAUUAUCCUCGCCAAACUGAUACAAAACAUUUUUGAAGGGAAAAUUCAGAAUUCCGUCAAAGAGCAUCUGGAAGAAUGUAGAAAAUCGGAUGCCGAACAGUAUCUUAAGAAUCUCUAUGAUCUGUACACAAGAACCACAAACCUCUCUAGCAAGUUAAUGGAAUUCAAUUUGGGAACAGACAAACAAACCUUUUUAUCCAAGUUAAUCAAGUCCAUUUUCAUCUCAUAUUUGGAAAACUAUAUUGAUGUAGAAAUUGCUUACUUGCGAAGUCGAAGUUCAAUGAUCUUACAGCGUUAUUACGACUCCAAGAACCAUCAGAAAAGGUCCAUUGGAACUGGAGGCAUUCAAGACCUGAAAGAGAAAAUUCGUCAGCGCGCAAUUCUGUCUUUGGGACCAAGUAUUGAAACACACGGCGAGACAUUUUUAGCACAAGAGGUGGUGGUAAACCUAUUGCAAGAAACCAAGCAUGCCUUUGAAAGAUGCCAUAAGCUUUCAGAUCCAUCUGAUCUUCCAAAAAAUGCCUUUAGAAUAUUUUCAAUUCUUGUUGACUACUUAUGCAUUGAGCACAUUGACUACGCCUUGGAAAUAGGUUUGGCAGCAAUACAUUCUCCCGAAUCAAAGAAUGCCAACCUAUAUUUCUUUGAUGUGGUUCAUCAGGCCAACACCAUUUUCCAUUUGUUUGAUAAACAAUUCAAUGAUCAUUUAAUGCCGUUAAUUAGCUCCUCUCCAAAGCUUACCGAAUGUCUGCAGAAGAAGAAGGAGAUCAUUGAGCAUAUGGAGGUGAAGCUAGACACAGGAAUUGACAGGACACUAAAUUGCAUGGUUGGCCAGAUGAAACAGAUCUUGGCUGCUGAACAGAAAAAGACGGACUUCAAACCAGAGGAUGAAAAUAAUGUAUUAAUACAAUACACUUCUGCUUGUGCCAAAGUGUGCAUUUAUCUUCGGAAGCAAGUAGAGAAAAUCCGCAGCUCAAUGGAUGGGAAGAAUGUGGACUCAGUCUUGAUGGAAUUGGGUGUCCGCUUCCAUCGCCUUAUUUACGAACAUCUCCAGCAAUUCUCCUACAGCUCUAUGGGAGGCAUGCUCGCCAUCUGCGAUGUUGCAGAGUACAGGAAGUGCGCCAAGGAAUUCAAGAUUGCCCUGGUGCUGCAACUUUUUGACACUCUUCACUCCCUCUGCAACCUUUUAGUAGUGGCCCCUGAUAAUUUAAAGCAAAUGUGUUCUGGCGAGCAGCUGGCCAGCCUGGACAAGAAUAUGCACCACUCCUUUGUGCAGCUUAGAGCAGACUACAGAUCUUCACGCCUUGCUCGACACUUCAGCUGAAGAGCUAACUGCAAAACUGAGAUUGUAUUCAGGCCUAUGCCAACGCGUGGCUAGAAAAUAGCACAGGACCUUCUCCUUGUUAUGUAAAGGUUGCUCGAAACUCCGCAGCUCAGUUACACUGGCUUUAGAACAAUAGUGCAGCCAUAUUUAACUUGCUGCUGUGUCUGCCUCUUUCGGCAAAAGGGAUUUUGCUUGGUUGUUUUAUUUUGGGUUUUUUU